AUGCCCACCACAUGCUUGCACUCAAUUCUGCACCACCUGCACUCCUUGUCUAGGCCUUCCUCCAGCCUUCCAUGGAAGUCCAAGGUGGAUAACUUAAUCCUUAAAGAAGUAUUGGAUAUCACAACAUUCUUCAAGAAAGAAGUGAAACAAUCAUGCUUAAUAUUGGGCCAGGAACUCACCAAGUUGAGAAACAAAAAACAAAAGGCAGAAAAGGCCCUCUCUAAGGCACAAGCAAUACAAGAAGAUCUUGAGGCAACAGUUCAACAGCUCAUGAUGCUGCUGCCAGGUGUGAGGGACUGGUUCCAUACCCACCUCAGAGAGCAACUUGAUGCUGAGUGGAGAAACAUACCUAAGCACCUGAAAUGGCAUCCCAUUACUGCCAAGACAUUAACAGAGCUGUAUGAUGGAAGAUAUCUCCAAGUUAUGUUGUAUGAUUGCCCUCUGUGCAAGGGGCCUGUGCAGACGAAACCUAUUGAAGUCAACAAUUUCAGUGACUUCCUUGCAUUAGCAAACAAUGUACUCAGGCAACCAAAGGACCAUGCCAUAGACAAUCCCCACCUACUGGAUCAGGAUAUCUGA